GCGGAAAUCUACACCUGUUUUCUCAUGACACAUUUGUGUAAACGCAUACAAGCAGUGGGCGAAGUAGCGGCCACCCCUCAACACACACUGAUCGUGCUGCUUUAAUCUCAACCUUGGGAGGUUUGACCAUGGCUGACGUUAAAAAGGACCAACCACGCACUAUUGACAGUAUCCUGGAGCUUCUUGGCACUCUCGGGCGCUAUCAGCUGUUUCAAGCUGUCCUGCUUGCUGUUGGAAAUGUGACAAUUUGUUUCCAUCUCCUUAACUUCGUGUUUAUAGCUCAGCCCGUGAAACAACAAUGUGCUGUGAUUCCACUUUAUGGCAACGACACCAACACCGACUACGGCAAAUGCGACGUGUCUGUACGGAACACCACCACCAAUGUCACGUCAACACAUGCAUGCAGUGCCUGGACAUAUGAUAUGGAGAGAGACCAUUCCAUUGUGUCGGAGUGGGAUCUUGCUUGUGGGGACAUCUUCUUCGCCCGCCUCCCGCAGUCACUCUUCAUCGUAGGACAAGGAGUUGGCGCAGCUACUGUAUCGGUUUUGUCGGACAAAUUCGGAAGGAAGCCUUUCCUUGUCACGUCACACGUGUUGACGGCCGGUGCCGGUCUUGCGUCAGCUUUCGCUCCGAGUAUCGCAGCUUUCUCUGUUCUGAGAAUGCUGAACGGUAUUUUUCAACAGGGUAUUGUUGUGUGUACCUACACUAUGUUAAUGGAGACCUUUCCCAAAAACAGACGAAUUGAACUGUCCACAUGCUACACCUUAACAUGGAGUGUCAGUACGGUAAUCCUCACAGGGGUGGCCUACUUGUUACGUGAUAUGGACUGGAGAACUCUGCAGCUCUGUUUCGUGUCGGUGUCCAUCAGUGUCCUUCUUCAAAUCUUCUUUAUGGGGGAGUCCCUGAGAUGGCUGAUCACGAACAAGAAGGCCAAAAGAGCCUUGGCGUUGUUCAGGAGAGCAGCCAAGAUGAACAACGUUGACGUGACCGACGUUCAACUACCAGGUAUCGACAAUAAGGACAAGCCAGUUGAGCUGAGCACCACCAAGAGUAAAUACGUUGAAGCUCCACCAGAGAAACACACAGGGGAUGUGCAGUACAGUUGCCUUGACUUGGUGCGGACCAAGUUUAUGUUAAAAAUCAGUGCUGUUGUGUGGUUUUCCUGGUUGGUCGACAGCUUGACCUACUUCAGCCUCUAUCUGACAUCCUCAUCCCUAAGUGACGACUUCUACCUGAACUUCUUUCUCAAUUCAUUGGCUGAAAUACCAGGAGGCCCACUCAACUUGUUUGUCGGAAGACGGUACGGAAGGAGACGUUUCUUUAUGUUUUUCCAUGUUCUUGCCGGGACAUGUCUUCUUUUGGCGACAAUCGUGCGGGCAUUAAUAGUGGGCCAAGCAGCAGCCAUAACAGCAACAGCCCUCGCCUUCAUUGGGAAAAUUGGUAACAGUGCCUGCUUCAAUGCCAUGUUUGUGUAUGCACCCGAGAUCUAUCCGACAAAUCUCAGGUCAGCCGGUAUGGGAUCUGGUUCCACAGCUGCUAGGGUCGGAGGGAUGAUAGCACCUUUCAUAUCCAUUCUUGCAGCCAUUGCACCCUGGGCUCCUGGGACUAUUUUCGGGAUAGCCUGUUUGAUAACAGCUGGGCUCAAUUAUUUUCUCCCUGAACCAGAGGGACGAGAACUUCCCCAGACAAUAGAAGACGUCAAGGCAUGGGAUAAAACUCCUGCAAGAGGUUAAUACUUGAUCAUCACUACCUGGACGACAGGGUACAUCUCCGAACAACGAUAAUAUCCCCAUAUAUAUCCAGAUGCUUACUUUUCAAAAGCUCUUCUUCCAAGGAUCAUCAUACAUGAACACUCUUCAACGUUUGACGCGAGAGAACAGGAAUUCUGCACAAUUUGAGGUUACGAUGAUGUAAUGCAGUUAUUAUUUUUCUUGAAAUGAUAACGACAAACAGAAAUGCAUAUCUUUAUGUAUAAAUGUGAUAUAGAUAGGUCACUUCAGUGUGUAAGAUCCCUACGCAGGAAAGACGUCAAUCUGAUACAAGGGCAUCUGAGCACUUGGGACAUUAGUUACCAAAGGGGCCUAAACUGUUCACAUGGCGAGACACUAACUACAUAUAGGCAAGACGCUGGCAGAGUAGGUGCACUGACAAACAGUAUCUCCUGGAACUAAAUAUUGACAAAGAUGGACAAUUCAAUUAAGUAACAUUAUGUCUAUUUUAUUCAAAGGAUAUGAACAAGUGUUAGAUGUGAAAAAAACAAAAUAAUAGGUAUAAUACAUGCUCAGAAGUAACUUACAAUUUAUGAUACAAUUUAUGAGAAAGCAACAAUUUAUGUACUUCCAUAUGCAUAAUCCAUGAUUUUUAUGCAGAGACAUCGACAGCCCAAUAAAGGCAUAUACCAUCAUCUA